AUGCCAUCGCCUUGCUUGCGGCUGCCGGGGGGCGCUUUGCGGUCGUUUGCGAAGUCAUGCCGAACGAUGUUUCAUGAGCUGCGUGUUCCUCCACCGGUGGCCCUGACUAUCAACCAACGCAAGGAUUGGCCAUUGACGGACUUGGAGCGGAGCCCCUUUGCGCAAAGCGGAAGCGUCAGUGGCUUGAACAGUUUGGAGCUGACUAGGCAUGCUGAACGACUGCUUCAGCGCAGAGCUCACGCGGAGGGUCGCAGGUCCGGCCGUCGCGGGGCAGGCGAGUGGGCUGGGGUUGCUUCGCGCUUUGCGGAGCUUUGUUCGCAGAUGGAUAUUGACUUGUGUAUCCGGCUCCUGCGGUGCUUCGCUCGGGCCAAGUACACAGACGGCGACACCUUACAAUCGCUGGUUCGUAACUUGUCGACUGUGGGAAAGACGCCUUCCAAUCUUACGUGCUUGUCAUCUGCUCUACUUUCAUUGCGCGAGGCUUUGGGCGAAGAGGAGGUGAAGGCGGUGUUUCGAAGGUUCGAAGACCGAGCUCUCGAGCACAGCAAGGAGGCUUGGGGGCUGAGUUCCCCGUUGAUGCUCGCCAAUCUGGUGGGUGCAUCGUCCUUUGCGAAAGUGGAAUCUGACUGGAGCUCAGCACGCAGUUUGCUGGUGGGAGCAGUGGCUCAGCACGCUGGCAGGAUGGGGCCAAUGCAUUUGGAAAUAUCGGCAUAUGCUUGCGCGCGGCUCCAGAGGAGCUGCAAAGAUCCAGCCGGUCUCCAACAAAUCUUGGGGGCUGCCACGGUCCUUCUAGAUCGUGGAACGAACCGCGCCACGCGAUUCUUGCCCCGAGGUCUGCUCAACUUUUUUGUUGCCAUGGAGCGCCUGCUGGGACCGUCCAAGGUCUCAGACUUGGCACUGUCCGUUGCAAGGCGCCUGCAGCGGUGUGUGCCGGAAGAUUUGGAAGGCUGCACUGGUGGUGACAGAUACCGAUCAGCCCUCUGCUUGCUUCGAGCCUGCCGGGCAGAGCGCAGCCCGGCCCUCGCAGCAGCCGGCGCGGAGGCUCUGGCCAUCCUUCUGGGUGAGAAUCUUUCAGCUCUGCCGCCGCAUGCGAUGCGAGCUUUGGCGGCGAGGAUACAGGACCUGGGCACUUGUGACGACGCAGCAGACUGGUCCAAGGCGUUAAAGGCCUGCAGCGCUUUGGUGCCGGACUCUCACCCACAGCCAGAUUCCUGUCUCAUAAAGCCGUCGAUGGCAAUAAGAGAAGCAGUGCCGCGUAAGGAUGGCACCGCCAUCGAGAUUUUCAGGAGCCCCGUGCAUCCAAGAACAUCCAUGGAGCUGGUGGGCGAGAAGGCAUCGGUAGGGGAGUCGAAGCUCAUCCUCGUUCCAAAGACAGGUCAGAAUGUGGCCCUUGCAGACGGUGCCCUCGCCGAUGUGUCUGUAAAGUUCAACAGUGCCCUGCCUGGGGGGCUAGCCUUUUGGCUGGAGGUGGGCGGUAGCCCAUCUACGCCCAUGAACUGCUUUGAGAAGGUUCCCACAGAGCCCUACGUCUGGCGCAGUGUGCCCGAAGGUAACCAUGUCAUCCGAGCAGUGCUUUGGAAGACAGCAGAUUCCUCGAUGCAGCCCAAAUCCAAAGAGGAUCUCGAAGGCGCUGGCCCCUUCGAAGUCACACACGCCGAGAAGGUGGAUUUCUUUGUUCACCGGCCUGAAGAUUUCAAUCCAAGCUACGACUGGCGGAAAGUUGAACCUUGGCAUCGCCUUCCGGAAGGUCUUGAGAUCUCGAUGAACUUGCAAGAAGGCGGUAGCCAAGCACGGAUCCCACAGCCCUGGCACUGGGAGCCUCGAGUGGUUGGCCAGGAGGAAAGGCAGCGCGUCGCAGUCAAUGCCGACACGACGAUGUCCGACGUCCUCCAAAGUCUAGGACUCUCGGACUCUACGCACGAAGUGGUGUGGUGUCAGGAGUCUGGCAAACACGAGCGGGUGCUGCAGUCGAGCUGGACAGCUGCUCAGGCUGACCUCUUCAGAUAUCAGAAGCAGAUCGUGGUCCGCAGAUUUGCCACCCUCGUUGACUAA